AUGAAGACUGGGUCAAGCGUAUCUGUCAUCUCCUGGACUCCUAACCAGGCUUCCUGUAAAGAGCGCCCCACCGAAAUUUCCCAAGCUUUCACUCCACCAGUAAACAAAUACAGCCAGUUGAACGAGUGUGUAGAUCUAGAAGGGGGCAAAAAGCUAUCAACCGUCGAAGAGAUGGCCAGUGAGCGUCAGUCGCAAGAGAAGGUUACGGAAGUGUCCAACAACAGUCUUAGUGUAAACUGUGUGGAUCAAAAAGCAAAUGGCUGGUUGGAAGCCACACAUUUUCCUGCAUCAGUACCUACUCGGGAUCAAGACAUGUCAGUUGAUGGUCAUCACGAUCGUCCAAAGUCCAAAUCCAAGCACGUGUGUGAUGAGUGUGGCAGGACAUUCACUCGCUCCAGUACACUGCUCACCCACAAGCGCAUUCACACUGGAGCCAAACCGUACGUGUGCCAGCAGUGUGGACGCGCCUUCAGACAGCUGGGUAACCUAUCCCGUCAUCAGCUUACCCACACAACGUCCAAGCCAUACGUUUGCAAGCAAUGCAACAAGGCCUUCAACCGUGCCUCUAACUUGCACACGCACAUGCGCACUCACUCUGAUUACAAGCCCUUCUGCUGCGAUUUCUGCGGCAAGCGGUUUCACCAGAAAGUCGACAUGAAGAUUCAUCGCUACACUCACACAGGUGAAAAACCACACAAGUGCCAGAAAUGUGGGCGAGGAUUUAAACAGCUGACACACUUGACCUACCACAUGAGGACGCAUUCCGAGGUACGCAUGUACAAGUGUGAGUUCUGUGGCAAGGGCUUCAACCAAAAGGGGAAUCUGAAAGCGCAUGUGUACCGCCACACGGGUGAACGACCAUUCAAGUGCGACAUAUGUGGUAAGGGUUUCACACUGGCAUCCACGCUGAAUACGCAUAAGAGAACGCACGCCCCUCAUAAGCCAUUCAACUGCCUAUUUUGUGAGAAGGCGUUCUAUCAGAAGAAUGCUCUGAAGUCACAUUACAUUGCAUCACACCCCUUCACUGGAGGGGUUUCUUUGUUGUAA